AUGUCGCUAGGACCGCGGAUUGAACUACCCUCUGGUCGCACAUCGCCGUCGCUGUCGACCACCCCCGCGACACCAGCUACCGGCACGCAAACCCCCGAUCCAUUACUGGGCCAGAGUGCUAAGAAUCACACCGUGGACGCUGAUACACUGGCGCAGAGCGUGUCUCGCAUGCAACAGCCUGAGAACGAAGCUUACGAGCUCGAGCAUCGCCGACGAAAGCCAUCGCACGCUGUCGAAUUCACAGAGACCGAUACAGCUACCGCUACGGGCGCAGAGCAACAUGCAAAUGAAGCCGGCACGCCAUCGCCGCCGAGCGGAUCGCAAGGCAUUCCUCCAGAACUACGCAAUUUCACCUCCGAGAUAAUCUUGGUCAUGGUCUGCUCGGCCGGACUCAUGUUCUUCUCGUUCCUGUUGGGCGAUAUACUAGUGGUGCAGCAGCAAUUCCGGUCCGCGCUGGGAAUCAAGAACACGGAACUGCCGUGGCUGGUCGGCGCGUUCAACGUCGCCAAUGGCUUGUCGGUCGUGGUCUCAGGAUCCCUAACGGACCUUACACCGCCGAAACUGCUCAUGGUGGGUGCGUUCGCGUGGCUGAUGGUGUGGAACAUCGUGGGCGCGUUCUCGCUGCAUCAAUCGCGGUAUGUGUUGUUUUUUGUGAUGCGUGCGAUGCAGGGCCUGGCCAUUGGCGUGCUUGUCUCAGGAAGUAUGAGCAUCCUGGGCCGGGUGUACAAACCCGGAAUUCGCAAGAAUAGGGUAUUCUCGGCCAUGUCAGCGAUGGCACCGUUCGGAUUCUCGCUGGGCGCGCUGCAGGGGGGUGCAUUGAAGGCGCAUCUGCCGUGGAUCUUCGGGACCAAUGCCAUUCUCACAGGAUUGUGCUGCAUCGCUGCAUGGUUCACAAUCCCACCGCUGCGACCAGUCGCUGACUCUGCUGACAAGGAAGCACCCACGCUGCGACAAUUCGACUGGGUCGGCGCAGUCUUUGCGGUGGUGGGAUGUGUAUGCCUCCUCUUCGGCCUGACGCAGGGAUCCGUGACCUCCUGGUCCCCAUACACCUACGCCAUGGUCGUCAUCGGCAUCCUCGCACUAAUCGCCUUUUUCUUCUACGAAUCCCGCGUCGCCCGCCCACUAAUCCCAACCAGCCUCUGGAAAACCAAAGGUUUCACCCCGCUGAUGAUCGCCUACUUCCUGGGUUUCGGCUCCUACUUCGGCGCAUGGCAGUUCUACGCAAUCCAAUUCUGGUUGCGCAUCCAGCACGCGACCCCCAUCGCAGUGGCCCUCUACCACAUUCCCAACGCCAUCGUCGGCGUGCUGGCAACCUGGCUCGUCAGCCGCACCCUGCACAUCCUCCCCGGCCACUACAUCUAUACCACCUCCAUGAUCGCAUUCACCAUGGGGCCGGCGUUCUUCCUCCCCCAGACCCCCAACACGAUCUACUGGGCUCUCUCCCUCCCGGGCGUGGCAUUAGUAACCUUCGGUCCGGAUCUGGCCUUCGCGGCGGCCUCGAUUUUCAUCACCAGCAACGUAAAGCGCUCCUAUCAGGGUAGCGCGGGGAGUCUCCUAGUCACGAAUCAGAACCUCUCCUCUGCAAUUCUGACAAGUGUCGCUGAUGCGAUCGGCGCAAAGGUCGAUCUGGGACCAACGGGGGAAGUCGGGUUGAAGGGGUUGCGGGCGAUAUGGUGGUUUGCGCUGGCGACGCAGUUGACUGCGGCGUUGAUUACGGUGGUUUGGGUGCGGAUUCCGAAGGAGGAGGAGAAGGAGCAUGUCACCUAG